CUCCUCGGAUGAGACGUGACGCUCAAACUAAGUCCGAAGAAGAAUUAACGCGCGGUUAUUUGGACUGUUUACCUUCUGCGUCUCAGCGGACGGCUACGACCAAUCUUCUGUAAUUGUGUCCUCAUCUAUUUAUCUAUUCACCAAACACUUUGAGUAGUGCACCGUCUCCAAUGCUGCUUUGAGACGACAUGGAGUCCGCAGAGAACCGUUUCGCCCAUCUGUUGCAACCGAUCCGGGAGCUCACCAAGAACUGGGACAUCGAUGUGGCCUCUGAGCUCAACGACUAUCUGGAGGAGCUGGACGAGAUAUGCAUCGCUUUUGACGGAGGGAAGAUCCAGUUGAAUUUUGCGGAAGCAGCACUUCUCAUCCAAGGAUCGACAUGCAUCUACAGCAAAAAGGUGGAGCUUCUGUACAGCCUGGUGUUCCAAACGAUGGACUACAUCAACGACAAAAAACAGAGGCGGGACAAGCAGGCGGGAGCAGCCGACAAGGAGGUCGAAGGCGACCACGAAGCAGACGACAACGACGACGGAGACUUCAUGUACCAAGAGAUUGACUCCAGCACUGCAGACAUGUCCCAGGAGUCUGACUCCACCGCGCCGGUGCACGUGGCCCCCCUGGCCCCGGAGGCCCUCAUCCUGCCCGAGACCCACGAGAAGCAGAAGCUGCCCCUCAUAAGACGGCCGCACCCCCUACCUGCACCUCAUUGA